CCCUUCCGCCGCCCGCGAGGAGCUGGCGCCGGCGGCCGCCACUUCCGGCGGGGUGAUGGGGUGCUGGCGGUGGCCGCCGCCGCCGGAGAGAGGGAGGGCGCGCAGGAGCCGCCGCCGCUGCCGCCGCCCCGGGGCCGGGCGCUGCGGCACCGCUACUUAGCGCUGCUGGCGCGGCGGCAGGUGAGGGGAGGUGAUUUUUUAUUGGCGGAUAGAGAAGGAUGAUGGCAGGCAAUAACCAGCUCUGCAUUCGACGUUGGACUACCAAGAACGUGGCCAAGUGGCUGAAGGAAGAAGGAUUCUGUGAAUAUGUGGAUGUUUUGUGCUAUAGACACAGGCUAGAUGGAAUUACACUGCUGACACUUACAGAGUAUGAUUUACGAUCCCCUCCUUUGGAAAUCAAAGUCCUGGGGGAUAUCAAAAGGCUAAUGUUGUCCAUACGCAAACUGCAGAAGCAACAUAUUGAUGUCCUGGAAGAGCUUGGUUACAACAGCGAUAGUCAUGUUGGCACAACGUGCCCAAGUGUUGGUUCACUACAGGGCACAGAUUGGUUUUGUAACGGCGAAGUACCUCGGGACUAUGACGGAGCAAUUACUGACUUGAAUGGUGAUCAGUAUCAAUAUGCAAAUGGAAAAAACAAACACACUACACGAAGACUGGACCCAGAGUAUUGGAAGACGGUUUUAAGUUGUGUGUAUGUCUUCAUAGUGUUUGGCUUUACAUCAUUUGUCAUGGUUAUAGUGCAUGAGCGAGUACCUGACAUGCAAACAUAUCCACCUCUACCAGACAUAUUUCUAGAUAGCGUCCCUAGGAUACCAUGGGCUUUUGCUAUGACUGAAGUAUGUGGUGUCAUUCUUUGCUAUAUUUGGCUGUUGGUUCUUCUGCUUCACAAACACAGAUCUAUACUUCUGCGAAGGCUGUGCAGCCUCAUGGGGACAGUAUUUUUACUACGCUGCAUUACAAUGUUUGUUACCUCACUCUCUGUGCCAGGCCAGCACUUGCAAUGUACUGGAAAGUUGUAUGGCAAUGUUUGGGCAAAACUCCAGCGGGCAUUUGCAAUAUGGAGUGGCUUUGGAAUGACUCUGACUGGAGUACAUACGUGUGGAGAUUAUAUGUUCAGUGGCCACACUGUCGUCCUGACCAUGCUCAACUUCUUUGUCACAGAAUAUACGCCAAGGAGCUGGAACUUCUUGCACACCUUGUCCUGGGUCCUGAAUCUCUUUGGAAUCUUCUUCAUUUUGGCUGCACAUGAACAUUAUUCUAUAGACGUCUUCAUUGCCUUUUACAUCACUACAAGACUCUUCUUGUAUUACCAUACGUUGGCUAAUACUAGAGCAUAUCAACAGAGUAGGAGAGCAAGGAUCUGGUUUCCAAUGUUUUCUUUUUUUGAGUGCAAUGUUAAUGGAACUGUUCCCAACGAGUAUUGCUGGCCCUUUUCGAAACCUACCAUACUGAAAAGAUUGAUUGGCUGAAGAGUGUGUGUGACAGUUCAGAUUUUUGUGAAGUGUCAUGACUUAAGAUCCUACAAGGCUAGCUGUGGGGGGAUGUAAAGUAACGUUUUUCACUCCGUGAUCUCUUCCUCCUUGUCUUGUUUCUUAGAUUUCUAACCGUGAAAUAGGGUUCCUGUACUUCACAGGGAUGUGUUUUGUUUUCUUGUUGCUGAAAUAGAAAACGAUGCAGGGAACGGUAGAGGCUAUCAGUGAACCGUGAAUAUAAACCAGAAUACUGUUACCCUUAGAAAGGUUGUAUGUGAGUGUGUAACCUCAAACACAUGCUUGUACUGAAUAGAACAGACCCUUUACAGGUCCACAUAAUCUUCGUUACCUGACGUGCCAGCCUUUACAUACACUAAAACAUUAGAACCUGAUGAAGACUUUCUUCUAAAACAGUCAUAAACGUAAUUUUCAAAACAAACUCUGUGUAUACUUAAAAGACUGAGGAGUACUGUGUCAUAAUGAAGAAAGCAGUAUAGUUCCUUGCUAAAAGGGUCUCUUAACUGUUAAAUAACAAGUCUUAAAGUAUAAUUGACAGUAUAAAUGGUCUGCAUACAGGUUGCCAAAAAUGAAAGUCUGCCUUGUGGCUAUGCAGUGAUGUCUUUUUUUAAUGACAGCUUAUUUAGUCUAGUCUAUCAGUUGUCUGUAUGAUUGUUCUAGCACUUGGAAGUUUUCCCUUUUGUGUUUAACUAAAUGAGUUAAAGUAAAUGCUACAUGCACUGAAAGUAAUGUUAAUUUAGCUUUAGUGAGUUUAAAGCCACAAAAUUACUUCUGUGUGGUUUUAAUUGCUUUAUACCCAAACCUGUGCAUGCGUUUUAGGAGCAGCUCUUUAACAUUGGAAAAAUGGAACAGUUAUCUUCAUAUAUCUUACUGUCCCAUAAAUGGAUGGGGAAAAUGCAUGUAGUAACUCUAUCAGGAAAAGUAAUAGUGAGUAUUGGAAAUAGUGCUCUUAUUGAUGUAUGUUUUAGCACUCUGGUGUCAACAAUAUGGUGACUAUCUCUGGAUAUAUAUAUAUACACAGUAUAUUUGUUUAUAUAUAUGUAAACACAUGCAGUAUAAGUUCUUCUAGCAAGUGUGAAAAGAGACUAGUUCUUAAAUUAAGUUGCUCGUUUACUAUACCGAAAGAUAAAAGUACCAUAAGCAGUUGAGUUUUGGUUGUUUAAAAAACAAAACAGGCACAAGAAAACACCCACAAAAACCCCAAACCAACACUCCGAGUCCAUAAUGUGUAAACAAGGGUCACACAGCUGGUAGGUAAUUUCUUGUGCUGUGGUUUGUGAGGGGGCAAUAUUAACGUUGGCUGUAGAGACUUUUAAGUUAGAUUUAUGCUAAAUGAAGACUGAUAGGUAAAAGGUGCAAAUCAGAAAAAUGGUUUAGAGCAUUUUAUUUGGUUAUUGCAGUUUCAGAAUAGGUAUGUGCAGAAGGUAAUGUAAGUCAGCCUUGGAAAGUUAGAUUAAGCAUUGCCAGUUUGAUACAAGCUGACUUUUAAUGGCCACAAUUACUUAUGUUUGCAUGAAAAGGAAUCCCUUGGGAAUUUUGCAAGACAUGUCUUGGAGGCUUGUAACUUACUGUGGGCUACUCCUUGCUGUAUUGUGUUUCUUUUAUAAACCUGGAUUGUACUAACUUGACUAUCUUCCCCUCUCUGUAGUACGUUACUCUUGUAACUUAAUUUAGCUCCUAUUCCACAGAGGAACUGUGUGUCUUAGAGUAUCUCUGCCAGCUGUAUUGAGCACACAUACAUUGUACUAUUCCGCAGACUUUGAUAUUUGUAACAUUCCAAUUUUUUAGCAAAAUUGCAGGUUUAAUGCUGUAUUGUUCUAUCUGCCGUAGCCUGGUGGCUCUUGCCAUCCAGAUUGGGGGAGUAUGCUGACACUUAGAAAAAAAGGAAAAAAUAUUCUGAAAGAUUUGAAAGAUUUUUCAUUUCUCGUUCUUACCUUUCUGAUUUCAGAAAAGCAAUUUGAACAUUCCUCUUGAGACUUUAUAAUCAAAGAGUUCUAUUUGUUAAUUUAUAUUUGCCUUUGCAAUGCACACACAGUUGUGAAUGUUGGUGGGUUUUUUUUUUAAACUCUAGGAAGCAUCUGUUCUCUGUAUGUGCAGGAUUGUUUUCUGAGUUAUAACAUAUGGAGAGGUAUGUAGUUAAACUUGCAAAGCUGCUGAUUCUGAAAAGAACCAUGUCAGUGCUAACUGCUGUAGCUGUGUCUAAACUGAAAAAUUACUUUGCAACUUGGACAUGCAGGAGAAUUUUCAAGUGCAGCCCAGUGUAAUAAUGUUUACAUAAAGUAAAGCUAUUAUUUCAAUACUUUCUUUUUUUAACUGGAGAUCAUAUACUUUGAAACAUAAGGCUUCUCUUUUUUUCUAAGUUAAUUUUUCAAAUUCUGUUAAGUAAAUCCAUGUUUUAAAUCAGCAUUGGCUGUCGGUGGUUUUUAAAGGAAGCUUGUUCUUUUGUGCUGUUUUUCUUGAUGCUAAGUAUCUGAGUCCAAGAUAAGUAAUAAACAGAGGUUGGUUUUGUGAGCAUAAAGUGGAUUUAAAACAUUGUCAGGACAAUUCUCCGCUUCUGUUUUUGGAAUUUUGUGUUGUCUGUCUAUAGACAUGCAAGGGUAAGGCUUGAAAUUGCUAGAAGACAGAAAAAAUCUGAUCUCCCAUGCCAAAGAGCACAGGUUGGUCUGUAAAGUUAGUAAUGUAAGCUUUAUUGUUAAUAGAUGGAAACAAGUUGCAAAUAACUGACAGGCUUAAAAUUCUAUAUCUUCUUUUCAGAGAAUCGGUGUUCUAAAAACAUUUUGCAGCUUCUCUGCUGCUGACAAGCACUUUCAAGUAAAGGCAGCAAAGCAUCAUUGGGCCUUGGAUUUAAUGCUGAGUAUUUUUAGGUUGUCCUUCUCCCUUCUGUUUGUGCGCUGAUCUUUUUGCUGUCCUUUAACUUGCUGCACCUGUUGUGUGCAAAGCAAUCUUCAGUGGUCUGUGGGAAGCGCGCACAUAAUCUGAAUUCAGAGGAAUCAGUGAAUUACUGUGUUACGUCAGCGAGUGCAAGUGUCUUAACAACACUAGUAAUCUAGUCCAGUAACUAAUCAAGUAGAGAAGUCUUAACUGAAUAACUCUGGAUAUAUGGAAGCAGGGGAGGGUGGUGUAUUUUUUUGGUAGCUUAGCAAAUUGGUAAUAUUUGAGACUUAACAAUAGUCUUGAGCUCUUCCUUAUUAUCAGUUUGGGGAUAUAUGUGCCCAUGCCUGCAAGUGAUAGACACAUAGACACUGCCCCCCUCUUUUUUUUUUUUGUUUGUUUGUUUUCUUGUUAUUGUAUCUUAUGACACAGCUGCUUAUAAUAGCUUUCCUAAAUGUUUUGCCUUUAGUUUUCACUUUCUGGAAGAUCCCUUAAACUAGUGAGUUUAUGCUGUCACACCUGCAUACAGAAUUUGGACUUCCGUAGGUGUAUAUUUUAGCAAGGUUCCUCCAGCUGUUCUUGAAUAACAAUACAGAAAGCUUCCAUAUAUGCUAAUUAUCUUAAUGUCCUCUGGUAAGCAAGGUAACACACAAGUGUUGGUACAGAAAUGUAGAUAGGCCUGAAGUAUUUACAUGUCCAACACUAGCAAAAAUUGGAUGGAUCCUGUUGGUAUACUGCUUGUGAUGAAGCAAAUAGAUAUGCUUAACUUUAAGCAAAUCACUGAAUACUCUGGAUUUCAGUGAGGGUUACCAUUUUAGUUCAAGCAUUCUGGUGGAUAAGGCCAAGCGCGUGCUGUGCGUGGUGUCGUGCUACGGUAAUGGGGAACAGGUAAUGUCGCUUUUGGUUUUCCAUCUUUCCCUCCCCCCCCAUCUACUAUAGAAGGAAACAUUCCAGUAGAAUUUCAAAGAAAUUAUUACUUAACUGUGAUCUCAGAGAAUAAAUCAGUAAAAGAAAAAAACCCACCCAAACAAAAACCCCCACAAAACAACAAAAAGCCCCAACAAAGCAUCAAAAUAAAACCUUGAUAGCCGUUUUGAGAAGCAAGAGUCAGUUAAAUGACUUGGGGGGGAGGGGGAAGAUGUCUUUUGAUGCACGCAUGUUAAAUAAGGUUAUUUAGAAGUAUUGAAACCCUGCAAUGAGGAUAAAAGCAUGGGUUCCUAUAAUCAUUUCUGUACAGCUGUCUCAUGUAGUGCCAAAAAGAGCACCGAAGGGGAGGACAGAAGGGUUGAACUUGGGACAUCAGUCUUUUGCAAGGCCUUUGCAAUUCCUUGGAUUUUUUUAAGCAGUGCUCGCAUACUUAGUGCUACUUGUUCAUUAUUAUUUAGCUAGUUUUUUGAUGUGCAAAAGUCCAUUUGGUUUUCAAGCACCAAAACUGUUGUGGAGCUGAGUCUUAAUCAUUAAAUACACAUUUGAAGAAAUAGCAGAUAUCUUAGGGAAAAAAAAAAAAGUAGAUUUUGUGGAUGAGGAGCACAAGAAAAGCAAGCUGUAAUGACGGUGGUUUUUCAUCCUGUCCACGUAGUUCCUACUGAAGAGUUGACAAAUUGCAGUAAUGUACAGACAAUACUGAUUUUCCUGGGUUUUUUUGAAUAGUCUAGGAUACUUUUGUAGAAACUUGACCUGUAACUAUGAAACCCAUCAUAGUCUUGUCGAGAUGGAAGUAUAUUUGGCAGCAGUGAGCCAGCUUACCGUCUGAACUGUUUUGUGCGUGUGGACUUUAUCAAUCAAGUGUUAAUUGAUAAACCAUUGAUGAUUUAUACAGAUUACUAUUUCUGAUGUAUCUUUUGACAUUGUCGCUAUUCUAGUUGAAACAGUAUUUCUGGGGGGGGGAAAAAAAAAGUCCUUUGGAGUGAACCUACUGAUGUCUUGUUCAUUAUAUGAAGGAAAACACCCAAAAAACCCUCAUAAGCCCUCAGCUCAAACACUAUAGUAUUGUGAACACUGAACUUUCCAUGUAGCAGUGUCCUGCAUACUUACCAUUUGCAUCUUAAGAAAUUUGCAGUGAGUAUUAUGUACAUAAUUCCGUGACAUGCACAUUCUUAAAGCCAGUUUGUAAUAGGUGUGUAAAACUUAAGGUGACAAAUGUGGAACACAAUAACCUGACCUAGAUGCCCCGUGACUGCGUAGUUAGAAAGACUAACUCUAACUUUAGUUUGCUCUUUCAAUUAAGUUUUGUCAAAUCUGAGAAAUUUCUCAGAUGUGAGAAACCACAAACUGCAUUAUACACGGUACUUAACAUAAUAGGGAUGCAGGAACGUGGCUUUUGACACUGAACAGUUCCUUCAAUUUCGUUCCAACAGAGAAAAUAGUAUUACCUAAUGGCUAGAAGGUAUGCCAGUGAAGUUUAAAGUGAGUACUGUAAAUAAGUAAAUAUUGUUUUGAUUCUAAACUCGGAUUGAAUUAAUAUAUUGUUUUAUAUCUUUGUUGUAUUAAAACGUAUUUAAAAGGACUAAAAUAAAAUAAAUAUUUGAAAGAUGGCAAA